CUCUCUCUCUCUCUCUCUCUCUCUCUCUCUCUUACUUAUCCUCGGAGAGGAGGCGACGGAGCUCCUCGCCAUGGUGCUCCUCCUCCGCUUCUCCCCUCCGCCGCCGCCGCGUCGGAUCUCCGGCGAGCAUCUCCGGCGACUCCGCGGCGGAGCUCGGUGCGCAGCAGAGAAAGUGAUGCUCAUCCCAUGCAUGGCAGAAAGAGUGGCAAAGCCUUCUAUAUUUGUUCAGUGUUCUUCUGGGAAAAGCCAAAUCUUUUCAAAAAGUGGCUUCAAUAGUUAUAAUAAAUUCUAUGCAGCUAACUCAGAGAAGGCUCAUAUUGUUGGUGGGCGAUUAUGUGGAUACUGCGAUAUCCUUAUUAAGCACCUAUCUGAUCUUCAGGGAAUCGCCUCAUCCAUCUUUGUGCAAGCAUCUAUUAUUGCAAGUUCAUUUGAGCUGAUUUUGCCUUCAAAAGCUUUGGCGGAAACAUGUGAAGCUGAUAACUCGUUUUUCAACAUGCCUCUGCUGUUUGCAAUCGCCAUGAUAGGGGCUACUGUUGGGGGAUUGCUUGCACGACAAAGAAGAGGGGAACUUAAGCGGCUAAACGAUCAAUUACGCCAGAUAAAUGCAGCUCUAAGGAGACAAGCCAAGAUAGAGUCUUAUGCUCCUACUUUGAGCUACGCACCGGUUGGUAGUAAGAUGCCGGAAAUGGAAGUUAUUGUCGAUCCUCGGAAGGAGCAGCUAAUUACUCAUUUGAGGUCCGGGAAGAAUUAUUUAAGGAAUCAAUCUCUUGAAAAGGCAUUUGAGGAGUUCAAAGCGGCCCUGGAACUUGCGAGGGAUCUGGGCGAUCAUGUCGAGGAGAAGAAGGCUGCACGAGGGUUAGGGGCAUCACUGCAGAGGCAGGGUAAGUACAAGGAAGCCAUAAAAUACCACUCAAUGGUGUUGGAUAUAUCGAAGAGGGCGGGAGAGGAUUCCGGUGUGACCGAGGCUUAUGGCGCGAUCGCCGACUGCUACACCGAGCUCGGCGAACUCGAGCAAGCCGGAAGGUUCUACGACAUGUACAUCGCAAGAUUGGAGAAUGAAUAGAAUGACUAAUCUCUCAAGUUUUCUUGUAGAUGUGUUGAGAGAGUUGAUUGCUUGGGCCAAGAGUUUAAAUUUUUGUUGAAUCUCUUUUGCACUUUUGAAUGGCUCCACUGUUAAAUUUGAAUAUACAUAUAUAUAUAUUUGUUGAUCAUUUUUGUAUUAAUAUGUUAA